GCUUCACGUAGCAGCACACCUACCUCGCGGUUGCGUCUCUGAAUGUCAGCGACCUUAAUUCAACUCCUCCAACGGGCAGCAAACACAUCCAAACCGUACAACUGUCAAGAUGCGGUUCUUACCAUCAAGGCUCUGAGCGCGUUACGCCUCCACCGUCCGGAGGUGCGCACCAUUUGUGAGAGGGCGUGUUUUUCCCUAGCGUCGUCGCCUGGUGAGGUGUCAGCGCCGAUUGUCAUCGACGUUGUAAAUCACCUCUCCUCUAUGCAGUCUUCUCACUUGCUGGUAGUGCAGAAGGUGCUGGUGAGGCGCUUCUGCGAGUUGCCCUUGCGGCCUUCACGCGGCUCCUCCACACCUUCCGUUGAUCCUCGUACCGCACAAAAGGCCGCGCUCGCGCUCAUCAAGCUUGGCCGUUCGCCGUCGUCGGAGGCUGCAGUGGAGCACGUAUUGCGCCUCCUGCACACACUUUUGUUGCAGCACGCACACGAUGUCGGGCUGCACACGGCCUACGUUGCCUUGUACACGUAUUCGGUACGUUACGCGGCGCAGCCUCAGUGGUGGUGUGCCCCUCAGCCGCACAGGCCCUCUGUUGUCACGCUUGCUGGCUCUAUUCGCUUCUUGCUGGCGCACGUCGACGUGUACACGCACGCCUCUGGGAGCGUUGCGUUGCAGCUGCUGCAUCUCCUUCUCGUCCUUCCGCUGUCCUCAUCAGCACCGCCUAUAACAGCAAGUGGAAUCGCUCCUCAACAUAUCAAGGAUUUUGAGGCGUAUGUUAGCACUGGCGCAAUGGCGCGUGCCGUGAGCGGCGGGGUAUACGCGGGGUUUCUGCAGGCGGUUGUGGAAGAUGUCUGCAAGGUGUCGCCUGAUCGAGCGUGUCUCUUGUGGAGCGGCGUCUUUGCACCGGGCAACUUGGCCGAUGUGAUGACUGUUACCACGGAAGGGGCGACGGCGCUCUCGUCGUCAAACGGGCUCUCCAUACGACGAAUGAAUGUGUAUGACGUGGCAAAGUUGGCCAAUGCGGCGGCGCUGACCUUCUCCGCACUGGCGACCACCUUAACCCACGCCUCUCUGUUGGCAGGCGCGCACGGUGAAACGGUGAGUGCACGCGACGAUGCGGAGGACGAUGGGGACGUCAUGGAACGUGGGCAACCGUCUUUAGCACAUUUCAUUGAAGGUGACGACGCACGCGUGGAGGCAGCACGGUUGUGCCUCCGUGUACUUGACAGCAUCGUUCUGUGGCAGCAGCAGCAGUUGCACCUCCCCGAAUCCGCGUCAGCUUCUGCGGGCACGGGACUUUUCGUGGGCCACACGUCACCUGAUAACGUCCUUGUUGCGUCACUGCUUCACGCGUAUGCCAAAGCUUCACGUUGCCAACACGCGCCUCCUCUCGCAGUUGAAUCGGUGACUUCUCUGCUUCGUCUUGUGCCGAAGCUUUCGGACACAGCACCGAUGCUGCUGUCAUGGAUGCUGAUGUCACUCACUGUCAUCGCAAAUGAUGAGGUAGUCAAUGACGUUUCUUCUCUUUCUAGCAGUGGCACGUUUCUGUUCCGCCAAUACGUGCACUUCCCAAGCACCAAACGGCGGCUGCGCUGCGAAGUAGAGACGCUCUACAGCUGCCUGCGUUUAAUGGAAGCGCUUUCUUCAAAUGUCGGCAAUGAUCCCAGUAAACAGGAAAGGCCGCAGGAGGUGUUGACAGAGAGCGGCGGUGGCGGAAGUGACACAGUUGCGGCCAGCGGCUUCGUUUCUUAUCGCGACUGGCAACCGGAAGAUGCGGAUGAAUCACACGAGACGACGAACGCACUUUUGGUUUCUGUUUCCGAUUUGGCGCCUCUCAUGCGGGAGACAGCUUUGCGGCUCAUCGACGCUAACGCGACAAAGGCACCCACCGUACAUUGGGAGGAUGUGGAUAUGCUUUUGGCGGUCCUCAUCGACGUGUAUUCCUCUCCGCGAGCGAGCGCUUCAACGCGUGGUAACGAUGGAGCAACAGAGGCGCGCUCUUUUCAAGAAGCCCUGGGUGCCCUGCAGAACGCGGUGCUCGACUUCCUGGAGAGCACCCUCGAUGAAAAGAUAAAAGAUAAUGCGCACAGCUUUAGCCUCCGUACGGUGCGACUCGGCCUCCUAUCCAGUUUGGUGGCCAACGCAGCAACGAAAAGGGGUGACUUUGCCGAGCGCUUGCAGAUGAUACAGCUAUCCUACACUCAGCACCUUCAGCAUGCACCAACAACGGCGAACAUGGACUCUGCAAUGAUGUUGCAAUGUCUCGCUCUACUGCAGCGUGGGCGGCCUAUAAGUCCCGCGUCACACGUCCUUCUCGGUGUCCUGUGCGGAAAGUAUCAAGCGUAUGUCAACCAGUGUGCGGAGUCAGCUCCUCAGCUGAAAACCGUAGAGGGCAUCGUUCGUGUGUUUCGGCGAGCGCGUGAGGCAGGCGUGAAGGUCGUUUACGAGGUAAGUGCUAAGAAAUCUGCUGCUCCCAGCGUCGGAGCGAAGCGUCUGUUCGGUAAAGCCGAUGAGCCUGCGUUGAGUUUUCCCUUCGCAUUGUGCCGUUCAGAAGUCCUGACAACGCACGCAGCGAGCGACCUGUUGCAGCUCCUUUGCGGUGCGCCAUUACCUGACGCGGCACUCACGGAUUCGCGAGCGCGUGUGCUUCACCAGAUCGCGUCAUCUCUCUUGACGCAGCUUCGGCGAACGGCGGACACGAACAGUAUGAUACGCGUACUUCAGGUCAGCAAAGUAGCGACUGCGUCGCAGUGCCUCUUCCCGAGCAAGGGAGACCUUGUGGAGCUGCUGCACUGCACAGAGGCUCACACGUCUUGUCUGCUGCGAGGUUUGGAUAGCGACACGCAAGUCAACGCCGGUCAAACCAGGCGUGCGCAGCAGGCCAGUCGUUUUCUCGCUGCUGUUUCAGACUCGCAACUCUUCUUCAGACUGCCCGCCGCUGCGUUAAACGAAAGCCAUACCCUGCGUACUAAUCUGUUGAAGCUUGCGCAGUACGUGGAACGCAACGAGCGGAAGGCCGAUAAGGCGGCCGUGUUGAAGAUCAAGUUACUUUGCGGGGGUGUUGUCUGA